AUGGACCACGACGCCCUUCCCUACAUCCCGCUGCGCUACGACAGCACCAAUUCGCACGACUCGGCGCUGCAGCUGGUGCUGGCCCUGCGCCCCGAGUGGCGGCAGCACCAGGACACCAUCGACUUCGUCCGCUUCACCGAUGGCAUCACAAACACUCUCUUCAAGGCCGUCAACAAGCUGCCCGGCUGGUCUGACGAGCAGAUCGACCGCGAGGCCGUGCUCAUGAGAGCCUACGGCCGCGGCACCGACGUCCUCAUCGACAGAGAAAGAGAGACGCGCUCCCACUCCCUGCUGGCCCGCCACAAGCUCGCGCCCCCGCUCCUUGCCCGUUUCGAAAACGGCCUGCUGUACAAGUUCAUCGAGGGCUCCGUCUGCUCGCCCCCAGACCUCCGCCGCCAGGACGUCUGGCGCGGCGUCGCCCGUCGCCUCGGCCAGUGGCACGCGACACUGCCCAUUUCCUACCUCAUCACCGAGAUCCCCUCUGAUGAUGCUCCCGCCACCGACGACCGCACCCACCGCCGCAAGGCCUCGUGGCUGGAGGCUGCCGACAACAUCACUCCCGACAAGCCCUCGCCCAAUCUCUGGACCGUCAUGCAGAAGUGGAUUCAUUCCCUGCCCCACGCAACCGAUGCCGAGCAGAACCGCAAGACCACGCUGCAGCGCGAGCUGGUCUGGCUCGUGAGCCGCCUCAGCUCCACCCCCGGAAUCAGUGCCAACCCCCUGGUCUUCUGCCAUUGCGACCUGCUUUCCGGCAACGUCAUCAUCGAGCCCCAGCCCUCGUCCGGUGAAUCUCCUGCCUCGACUGCUGAAUCCAAUGCUACCGACUCGUCCAUCGAUGCCUUGAGCGUUGACUUUAUUGACUAUGAGUACGCCACCCCGGCGCCUGCCGCCUUUGACAUCAGUAACCACUUUGCCGAGUGGGGUGGCUUCGACUGCGACUUCAACUGCCUGCCGACCCGCUCCGAGCGCCGUGACUUCAUCGGCGAGUAUGUUUCAUCCUACAGCUCGCACCUGCCCCAGCCCUUGCCUCGUGCCGACGUGGAUGCCAAGACCGACCAGCUGUUCCGCGAGGUCGAUGAUUUCCGCGGCGUGCCUGGCUUCUACUGGGGCAUCUGGGCCCUGAUCCAAGCCAAGAUCAGCCAGAUUGAUUUCGACUAUGCCAACUAUGCCGAAGUCCGUCUGGGCGAGUAUUGGGCAUGGAAAGAAGAGCUGCUUGGCACCCGCACCGGCGACCUGCCCCUUCGUGAGAGGCGCUGGGCUGAGAAAUGA